AAUUUGGUAUUUGGGAACAUCAUCCUGACUUUCUCCAUUUUAUUUGCCAACGAAAAAAUAUCGCGAGCGGAACGAUCUGUGCAAAGAAGAAUCGCUACACUAUUCGCAACCCACGGUACUUCCAGCCGUGAGGAAAAACAUCCCCACUUCCACCACCAUUGUGCACCAGCACGACACCACAACUACAUCGCCACCGUGUGUCGUUCCUCUUAUCACCUCGCUUGACCGCAUCCCUGUGUGUGUGUGUCUGUACAAUUGUGCGUGAUUUUGUGCUGUGCUGUGUGUGUGUGUGUGGGUUGUGUACGUGUGCCGCGUGCUUCUUCUAGCGCUCAUUGAGACGGUGGAGUGUGUUUGCUGUGUUAUCAACGACUGUUAUUCGGUGGACAGAAGGAGCAGCACGACAGAAACCUUCAUCCGUAGCAUGUUUUCAAAUAACACUGGGCUAGAACACGGGCGUUAGAGAUUUGUAGCACAUCACUCACGUCACUUACUCACUCUGGAACCAAACCUUUUACACCUCAAGCAAAACGAAACCACCAAACCGCACCAGUGAAAAACGCUUUACUGCAGUGAGAAGAGAGGAAGGAUCGAACCCCUUGCAGCAUAAAUCGCAUACUAGGAGUAGAUAAAAUAUUCUUGCCGCAAUUAGUGGGGUUGAAGGUAUGCAAAAGUAGAGUAGUGUGCAUUAGAGCAACCAGUCAAGAGUCCGCACGCGAUUGUGGUAAUAGUUUCGGCCCCGAGUUCCUGUACCGAUUAGGGUCCGGGCUGCUACCGCUGACCGUUGCUGCACACCGCUAUCACGUAAAAGGACGGCUACGGCUUACCCCUUAAGCUGAAUCGUGCGUUGCCAUCGCACGGCCGAUUGUCCUUCAGCAGCUCUCCGUUCUACAUCCGUCAAAAUACGCUUCAAACGGAGCAUCAUGUAUUGGGACUCGCUCAGUACGCAGUCCGAUGUUGACGCAUUGCUUAGCAAAGAGGGUUUAACUCUCGAAGAGGUCCUGGAUUAUGAAAACGUUCUACAAGAAUGUAAAAGUCAGAAUCCCAAACUGUUACAAUACUUAAAUCGCACCGAGAUAUUCGAUGCACUGAUCGAUCUCAUCAUACAGGAACCGCCCGCUGAUAUCGAUGACAAUAUACGCUUCCUGCAUUCCAACAUGGCGUGCGAAAUACUUACCAGUGAUGUGCCGUCCUUCAAAACGCAUCUCGUCGAGAAUCAGAACUUUCUGAACAAGCUGUACAGCUUCCUGGUGAAGGAACCCCCGCUCAACCCGCUGCUGACCUCGUUCUUCUGCAAAACGUUCGGCAUGCUGAUCACGAAGCAGAACGAACAGGACUACUUUUCCUACAAAUCGGUGUGCCUGCAAGUAUUAGAGUUUAUCAAAGCGAAGAAAGGUUUCCUGCCGACGAUUUUGAAGCACUUCGGGAACCAGGUGAUCAGCGAUCUGCUGCUGUCCCACAUCACCGACAUCGAGGACGCGGAGCUAAAGUCUGAACUGUUGGAAUGGCUGAACGAGCAGAAGCUGGUGGCCGAAAUCAUCAGCCUGCUGAAGCAGCCCGGUCAGGUGCAGAAGCACUACAACGCCUCACAGUUUCUGAUCGAGCUGAUCAAGAUUAGCCGGUGUAAACGACAGAACGAGCAGCAAGACAAAGUUACUUCGGACCCGAUUCUAGAUACGCUGGAGAGUGAGAUUACAACGAAACAAUUGCUUGACAUCAUCCUGGAAGAAAACGGGGAGGAAAGUGCAAUCGUUGCAGGAAUUCAAAUCAUCUUAAGACUGCUAGAUAAUGCGAUAAUACAAGAACCUGUUUCCGAUACGGCACUGCAGAUUGUUAUCGAUGCGGAGAAAGAGCACCACGACACGGUCGUAACGCGCCUGGUUAGCGUUAUCAAACUGCGCGUUCCCGAACUGGUGGCGAUCCUCAAGAAUCCUCCCGCGAAACCGGACAUUAUUACCACCUUCGGUACACUGUCACCACCACUGGGCAACGUGAGACUUCAGAUUUGUAAUUUGUUUACAGUAUUAAUAGAGACGGAGGAUAAGGAGGCGAUCAAAACGAUUUGUGAAACUGACUAUUACGACACGUUGCUCAACCUUUUCAAGCAAUACCGUUGGAAUAAUUUCCUCCAUAGCCGUGCGAAGGUGUGCAUCAACUAUGCGCUCAGCUCGUUCGACCAGCGUGACGGUGGUGCCGAUGGAGAAACCCAACUGGUUACCUCUAGUUUACAGCGAUACAUCAUCACCGAGUGUAAGGUGGCUUCGAAGUUGGUACAGCUGUUUAACGAUGAUGCAACGGGCGGACGUACCAGGCUUGGGUAUAUGGGCCACCUGCUGGAAAUGCUGGACGCAUUGUCGACCACCAUGAACCUCUCGGAAGAAAUCCGUGCCUUAGUACAGUCGACACUUACGGAGCCGGAAAAGGAGCACCUGCAGACGAUUAUGGAGGGCGAUGACAGUGUGCUUGCGAAAACGCUGGCAACGCAGAAAAGAUUUCUGGCUGAUCAAGAUCCAUAUCGCAUUUGUUCGAACAGCGAUAGAGGGCGUUUCGAUUGUGCUGCCCACAAUUUUGAUCCUAGCACAAUACCAAAAAUUUCCGAAAUCGAGAUAGGCAAUAUAAUGGAAAGAAUUAACAUUGCAUUCAACAACUUCGGCGGUCUGCUGUCGGGCGAACUGAUGGCGGGCGAGUCGGAUCGAUGGGCCGACUUCAGCUCUGCGGACGAUUUGCUGCAGCUCGGUAGCGAACCAUCCCGGUUCGGCGGUGACGGCCUAACGGAGGAGGAUGGAACCGAUCCGCUGUCCCGGUUCGGGAGCGAUUCGCUAACGGACGAUGGAACCGAUCCGCUGUCCCGGUUCGACGGCGACGAUCUAGCGGAGGAUAGCAACGUUCCGUUCGGUUUGCGUAUGUUCGGUAUUGAGCGGGAAAGGACGGACGGCGACAAUAAUGACGAUCCGUUCGCACCGGUACCGUCGGCGGCCACCGCUCACGAUGCGCACCUUGCCAAAGACAUGCUGAUGGGUGACAGUUUGCUUGGCCAGAAAUCAGAUCUGGAUUUUGGUGAUACCCUAGCAUCGUCCGGGCUGGUCGACAGCGAGAGUAACAGCGAGAUGCCACUAACCGGUGGUAUGAAUCACAACAUUUUGAAAUUUCUGCAAGCCGUCAACGAAGCGGGCCAUCCAUCGUCGUCGUCGGCCAUGUUGGAGGACAACUUUGCCGACUUCGAAUCGGUGCUCGGUGACGCGGCAAGUGCACUCGCCAGCAAACAUGAAGCUGAAAUUAGUGGCCGUUCCAACGCGGCCACCGCGCCAGCAACAGCUGCUACAUCCAGCGAUGCAGCCUCGUUCGAUUCGGUCAAUGCAUUGUUUGAUUUCGAAAAUGCGGACAUAUUUAAUGCAAACUCGAUACCGCCGACCGGCGUCGCGAACCUACCAGAUCGGACCGGAAGCGAGCAAUCGGGAUUGGAAGCAGCGUCAGCAGCGGGUGCCGAAGAUGAAUCGACUGGUGAGCGCGGUGCUGGAAAGCUUUUACCCGUUGCUGAACCUAACGAUGACGCAAAUGAAGCUAGAGAUAAAUCGGCAAGCGAUACACCUUCGGAUAGCGACCAGACCAUCACCGGUGAGCAGGCCACCGUAACAUCAGCUGCAGUUACGACGGAAAAUGAAAAUAGCUCCACGAUCGUAAAGCCUGAAUCGGCGGAAAAUGAAUCCAGCAAAGAAGCGGCAGCCGAUCGUAGCUCCGGCAUCGAAAAAACCGAAGCUAGCAAUAAUGGCAAUGAAUGUAGCAGUGUGGUAAAUAAUAAUACCAGCGCAAAAGAGGAUUCUAGCAGCAGCUCGAUCACCACAACCGUGACUGAAGCUCCCGAAGCCACGGUUGACACGAACACCUCCACCGACAGCUCAGUGGCCGAUGCGAGUGAUACGAGCGGUUCGCCGGAUAAUUGAGGGUGUCCGCAGGUCAGCCGUUGUUGCCAUCGGACAACGCGCCAACUGUGCCCGAGAUCGACACAACAACAACAGCGCCAAUCGAAAACACAGCACACGGAAACAUCGACACAGCCAAAGCAGCGUCAUCGACGCCGCCGUCAGAGACGGCGACAAAUACAGCAUACGAACGGUACUACUACCACCACCACCACCACUACUGCUACUGCGGCUACCGUUCACUGUUAAUCCACAGACACACGCACACAAACUGAAUCAACACACGCGGUAAGAGCUUACUUUCGUUUAACCGUGGGGGAGAGUGGUCAUAGAUUCGCGAUACGAUCCGGACGCGUCCGAAUUGUCUGCAUGAUGUCUGCAUGGCAAAAAGGAAAACGAUAAUCAGAUCACGCGUUUUUACUACAAACAUACUUGUUCUAACUAUGUUGCUUUUACCUCUACUAGCAUCACACAUACACACUAGAACAAGCGUUUGCUCAUAACUUUAAAGUUUAACGGUUUUCUUUUUCAUUGAAUGUGACAAACAAAACAUUGUUUAAGCUGUCCCGUUUUUGGAAAAUGCGUUGCGGUUCAUUUCCACUUCUCAUGCCUUAAGUAAAUGUGAUCCAAGCGGUGUACCCCGUAAGAGAAGGAGCCGAAGCUCUGUUACCUCAAGCAAAAGCUAGCAUCGUCUACAAUUAUCAUUGGUUCCAGAAGUGAUCCAGCACAAAAAAGAAACACACACACACGCCCUUUUUUAUAUAGACCAUUCGCGCUGAGCAGUAACGCCUCUCCCUGACUCGCUGAUACACUGAUGCUCGCAAUUACCUUGCCGUGAAUUCUUGCCACACACCAGCAUCAUCGUGAUCGAGGAUAGGGUUUCCCCAUAGUAUAUCAAACAAUACUACUUAUGCACCUACGUAUGUGUGCAUGCACACGUACACAGCUGAUAUUUGAUAUGGUAACGCACGUCUAAUGCGCCUGUAUGUAUACUUCUUUCCUCUGGCUGCUAACGGCCGAUAAAGGCAAACCAUCCACCACCACCACCACGUGCGGUCGUGUGGUUUCAGUGUGCAUACUCGAGCAAUAAUUAGUUCAAAGCGUACCGGAACAAAACAAAACAAGUGAGCUUACAAAUUGCGUUUCGUAAGAUUUUGAUUGCAGUUAGGGCAAAGGGAGAGAGCACUCACAAUUAACUCUUACGUGCGUGGUACGAAAUGGGUUUGAAUUUGAGUGUUAAGGGCUAGUUUUUGAGGGCAACAAAAGCGUGUUCGUGGUAUCAUCUGCGCAGCAUACACACACACUCACACACGCAGAAAACCCAAAACGGAUCUUGAAGUUGAAGAUCCGUUUUGGGCCCACAGCUACCCAUUGCCCAGGGUGGGUGUGUGUGUGUUUGCAGGAGUAGUAGUAGUAGUACUAGUGACACGAUUUAGCAUAAAAGUUAUCAAAUUGUGCUGUGAAACUAUAGUAAAAAAACGCUUGCUUUGUACGAGAUGCGCCGGCCGAAUAGGUGCGACUGGUAAUACGAUGAUAAGGUGGUGUAAAUGAGGGCGAUUACAAUUACCACUGGCAGCCUGCGGAAAAAAAAGCUAUGAUAUCUGUGUGUGUGUGUCUGUGUGCAAAAUACGUCCCCAUCUCAAGCGCAUCUGUGCGCGUUGCGGUGUAACGAAUUUCAUUUGUCUAGCUUCUUAGGUGGAGCAGGUGGUGUUGGGUUUCAAAAAGGGUGUAAAUCGGAAAAAGUUAUAAGUUCGCAGUUUAGGCAGGUCGGAAACGAUUUGGAAUGUGUGUGUGUGUGGGAAUCAAGCAUGAUGCAAAAACUAAAACUGAAAACUAUUGAUGUCAUAUCAAGAAGAGGGUUAAACAAAAUAAGAAAACGAAAACGAUAGUUACUUGAGGUAUAAAACAUAUGAUUAAAGUAAUUAGUAGAAUACAACACAGGAAAAAAUGAAACUGAAAAAUGUUCGGUAGCAUAGCUUGAUAUUUAUAGACAAAAAAAACACACACACAUACAAUAGAAAGACAUUAGUCCAAGCUUACUCGCCGGGAAGAACAGGAACAUUAUAGCAAUGAGUAAAAGUCGAUGGUUCUCAAACAUGCUUUUUUUGUAUUUUUUGUUUAAAGAGGCCACAGAUCAUUAUGAAGCGUUUAGGAGCUAAUUCUAAGCAAAAAAACGUUUGUCAGGAGCGAAGGGUCGGUGUCCUAUGGAAGCAUUAAAAUAGCUAAAACUCUGCACUGCGUUAGUCGAAUGUCUCGAUAUGCAUCGCAGAGAGACAGACCGACAGACAGUAAAUCCGUGGCUUGUGUUCGGAUCAUGCUACAUGAUCGAUCCCUUCGUAGCUUAUAGUAACCGACAAUAAUAAGUUCAAUUGUAGCGGUGUAGAGCACACACACACCGGUCUGAGUGACAGCGGAAGAGUGUUCAUUUCGAUUUAAAUUUAUGUCCGUUUUCAUUUUCUCUCUCUCUCUCUCUCUCUUCCCUUCGAAGUGUUUUUGGUUGUCUGUUAAGUUUGAUCGCCCCAUUUUGUUCUUGUUUCGUUGUUGCGUACGAUCGAGCUCUAAAUCAAAGGAAGACAACACAAUCAUGUUUAAGUAUACACAUUCUGUGCACACAGGAACCGCGCGAGGUAUCGUCCGAACGUCCGAUUUCGUUUCCGAUUUCUGUAGAAUGAAGCCAACCGCGCUUUAAUGUAGUGGAACUUGAGAGGCAGCCCGGAUAUGCUUAAGGCUUUGGCGAACCAAUCCCCUACACACACACACACUUAUAUGAUACGUAUCAACAAGCACACAGCCGCCACCCGAUGAUUUGGUCAAUUUGUCAACGUGUGCGAAUCAGUUAGUUCGGUUUUCCCUCUAGCCGUUACGUCGCGAGCAGGUGCGCGGGGUGGUACGUCUUUCAUUCUUGAAAAUUAAAGGAAAUUGUUGUAAACAAACUACCGAUAUCGAAACCUAAAGAGUAACGAAAUGAACUUAAUUCGUCCAUCAUACUACUGCAAGCUGUGUCGUUGUAGAGGGGGAGAAAAGAAAAAGUUGGUUGGUCACACCCUUUCUACUCGAUUUCCGUUGUACGAUGAGUGACGUGUGAUGAACCAUAAAUGUAUAAUUUUACCAUCGAUGAGCACGUGUCGUCGAUAGCGAGACUUGCAGUUUAAAGUGCGUGCACGUGCGCGUGCAUAAUCACAUGUCAUGUGUUCACAUUGUUUUGAAAAAAGAAGAAAAAAAAAACUUUUGUUUUAAACCAAGUGCCCCGAUUGAAAAUAAAAGAAAACAACCAUGGUAGCUACUAUCAAUUAUGGAGAAUUAAAAAAACCCAAGUCUAGUGCUAGUAGGUCCGGUUAGAACGAUCGUCCGCGCCCAGGGCAAAGGAACGCGCCCGGCGGCGAUACACGUAAAGUAAUAAUGGAAAGUGGAAGAAAUACUUGGCCUCCUGUCUGUGAGAAAAGUAAAUGAACAAGGAAAAUACAUAUAUACACUUAUACAGAUAUAUAUAUAUAUCUAUAUGAAAAAAUGAAUUAAUAAUAUUUACAUUAAAGAAGAAAAAAAAACUAAUGGGUCUUCCGAGGGAACAUCAUUUCACAUAACACAAAAAAGUCUGUGUCUUUUAAGCUGGUAGCAAACAAAAAGAAGCUGUUAGAAAAAGAAAGAGACGAAGGGAGGGGGAACGGCGGUGAAGGCGCAUUCAUGGAUCGGUUAGUCAAAUAACUCCCUUCGAUUCUUUGUACAGUGUACGUAUACUGGUAGCUACUAUAUAGACGUGUAUAUCUCUCUCCCACUGUCUGUCUGUGUGUGUGUUUGUAAUGUAGAUAAGUUAAAAUGUGAGUCGCGCACAGUAAAAGCAACCCGAAACACUCAUUCCUAAAUGGCGGCAUUUUGGCGGUAAAAGUGCGCACACAAUGUCAGGACCCGUCAGGACCAAACGGCAUAAUCGUAUCCCUUUGCUAGCGAGGAGGGCAGCCAGCUGCCCAGGGGGGGAUCUGCAGUUCUGCAAUAUCACGAAUAGUAUUACUGCUCCUGUUUGCUGCUACUACUACAGCUACUACGACACUAUACUUAUGACAGCUCUACACGAUCAGUUCGUUUUUUUGUUGUAUAAGACAAACACCUAACAUUCUCGAACAAACGUACAAAUCUUUUGUGUACACUCACACACACGCAUACAUUCACACUUACAUACCGAAAAAUACAGCAAAGCAUCUUAAAAUGGCCACACACCCACAGACAUUGACACUACUUACAUUCUUGAGUAUUCCCGGGAACUGAGCGUAAUACGCUGGAGGGCGUGGAAGCAACUUUAUUGACUUAAAAAAACGACUAAAAAGUCUACAAAAAUGCCAAUGAAAAUGCCACAAAAAGACGGACGCUUUCGAUGGUUCUUUGUCGGUUGUUCCUACUGCUAAUAAGCCACAAAUGGGAGUUGUGCAGAGGCCUCACCUGUGUUUUUUUUUUAAAAGGACAGACCGUGCGCUGUAUAACACAUUAAGUAACACAAGACGCUCACAAAUCCAUUGCAUAAAUUUGUGUGUUGCGUGCUGCUGAAUCUUUAAUCUCUGUGCCAGUAAUGAACUGAAAAACAAAACGAAUAACAUAUUUGUCCCGUGUGUCGGCUGUGCGCGUAUGUUAGAGGGGGAAAAAAUCCUUCGCUAAGUAUUGUACAUUACAGCAGGGUUGCCAUCAUCAUGGUAUAUUUCGGUAUGAGAUUUCAAAAGUUUGGUUGUACAAUUUGGGUUUGGGUUUGGUCAAAAGAGCAAGUGUCUCCAUGAUUUACGACACAACACAAUAUACAAGCAAUCCUACGUCUUGGCGUUGUUAUAUCUCGAUCAGACAGACAGACAGCUCUAAACAUGGAGACUUCUUGCAGUAUAACGUUGUUGAACAGACAUCUUGCGACAUCCGAGAAGCUUCUGUGGAACAUACUAAAAUCAUACAGCUAGUGAACGAGGUUUCAUAACGUCUAUCAGGACAUCUGUUCUGCUAAUGAUCUGCUCUUAUUAAAAUCUUGGUCAGGAUAAUGUUGAAUAAAAAUCAACUGAAAAAAAAUGGUUGGACAUUUCUAAAACAUCUCUGGAACAUGCUAAAUUCACUAAGCUAGAGAUCAGAGGGCUUAUAAGGUCCUUUGGAACAUCUGAUCUACUGAUGAUCAGAUCUUUUCAACGGCCAUGGACACCACUUAUGGGAUGCAGUAAAUCAGAUCAGCUAGAGAACUGGGGUUUUUGGAAGGUCCUUUUGGAACAUCCGAUCUACUGAUGAUCAGCUCUUUUAUCUGUCCAUCAGGAUCAUGACUAUGUUUAAAAAGUAUCCUAGGAAAAAAAAUGGUUGAAAAUUUCUCUUACUUCUAUUGAGCAAACUAAAUUCAAUCGGCUAGAGAUCAGACGUCCCAUAAGAUCCUUUAGAACAUCUGAUCUUCUAAUGAUCAGCUCUUUUUGAACGACAAAGGUUUGUUUUGGCAUUUCACCAGCAUCUCUGGCAUGCAGUAAAUCAGAUGAGCAAGAGAACUGGGGUGGUAUAAUGUCCAUUAUAACAUCUCAUCUACUGAUGAUCGGAUCUUUAAGUUGCCUAUCAGGAUCAGGACGAUGUUGAAUAUGAAUUAUCUGAAAAAAAUGGUUGAACAUAUCUCCUACAUCUAUGGACCAUGCUAAAUUCAAUCAGCUAGAUAGAGAUCAGAGGACCUUAUAUGGGUCCUAUAGAAGAUCUGAUCUACCGCUGAUCUGAGAACAUCCAACACAAAGGCAUCUCUGGGAUGCAGUAAAUCAGAAAUGAAAGAACUGGGAUUUUAGAAGAACCUUUGGAACAUCUGAUCUACAAUCUGCUUAACUUAAACUCGAUCGAGGCAAGAAAUUAAUUUGACAAUUUUUUAACAUGAUCAAACGAAAUUCAUUCAUAUGGCAACCCUGCAUACCAUAUUGUACCAUAUUAAUCGCAACUUCGAAGGAUUCGAUCCAUUACCGGUUGUUUACUUUUUCGUGUGUGUGUGUGUGUUCAACGAAAGUGCAUUUCUGUCCCAAGGCACUCCUAGCCUCAAACUUGUGAGUACUCUGAACAAAUUGCUCAAAUUGUGCAAUGUUUCUCGAUUGACAUCAUGUGGCGAUAUCGUGCGCUUAGUAUAAAAUUGCGUAAAAAAAUAAAAGCUAGAUGUGAAUGUAAUUUAUAAGAAGGGGAAGGAAAGUGUGCUUUAAAAAAAAGAAACAACCGGCAAAGGGUGUUUGUAAUGGGGAGAGGGAAAAAGAGCUUUUGUUUUUGAUGAUGAUUGUUUGGGACGAGACAAGGACAACCUAACCAACCCGUGCUAAAUAAGCCUUAAACCAGUCACUGAAACUUAUCGAUUAUCGGGCAUCAUUGGCGGGCCACCGGGCGUGACCGGCGUGACAUGUAAAGCAAAUCAUUAGCAAUUUCCCUUUUGCUCCUCGCGGAUGUUGGGCGGAAAAUGAGAACGACCCUCGGUUGUAGCGAAACUUGUUAGCCGCGAACGAGGAGUUUUGUUAGCGCACAACGCAGAUUAUUAUACACAUGUAUCGAACACUAAUUCAUACCUUUGCACGAGUGAGCGAAACGUAUCGCAAAACAGAGGACGGAAAAGGAGGGGAAAAAUACAUUAAACGCAACUAUAACUAUUAAAGGAAAUAAGAAAAAUAGUAAUUAGCAAACAAAGAGAAGCAAUAUUUGCAAUCUGAACAAUGAAUGAGGUAAAAUAGCAAAACAAGAAAAAG